UGUGACGGACGCCCACUCGACGCGACGCUCCCACAACCGCGACGCAUGCGCCCCUUAAGCCAGCGUCACACUCAAAUAUUGGGCGCGUAUUUAUAACAGUGGAACGUGAACGUAACGCGGAUCGCGAAUAUUAUGCACGACCUAAUAAAAAAGCAAAAAGUGUUGGUUUUUGUUGUGUAAUUGUGGGUGAGGAAUGGUGGACGAAAGUUUGGCUAAGGUCGUGGCGGGGGUGGUGCUGGCGGGAUUCCUCAUCACUGUUUCUUCUUCUGCUAACACCAAUGAGAUUCGAAGACUCAGAAAAACAGGCGAGUUUCGAAAAGCUUGUCCGAAGUUUGGGAACGCAGUCCAACCAACAAACAGGGUGUUUACAAAAGAAAGAGUGGAAGAAUUAAGAAAUUUAAUGGUUAACACGAGCAUAACACGGGAUCAGCGAUACUUGGACGCGUAUUUAAUACCUUCUCAAGAUGAACACCAGAGUGAAUUUGUGGAAGACUACGACAAACGCUUGCAAUACAUCUCCGGGUUCAGUGGUAGUUAUGGUGAUGCCAUCAUCACCACAAAUAGAACCACCUCCACAAGAAAAAGGGAACCUUCAGCAGUACUUUGGACAGAUGGUAGGUACCACCUCCAAGCAGACAACCAAAUCGACUGCGGCUGGAAGCUCAUGCGUGAAUUCUACCGUGGGGUACCCAACAUGACCAUGUGGUUGCGCAGAGACUCACCAGAAGGAGGAGUGAUAGGCGCAGACCCAAAACUUCUGUCACAAUCAAGGUGGCAACAACUGUCUGAAGACUUGAAAAGGGUCAACUGGGACUUAAUUGAAAUUCAAACGAAUUUAAUCGAUGUGUUGUGGACAACUGGCAGAGAACCCAGAAGGAAUAAAAAUGUGUUUAUUUUGGAGGAAAAGUAUUCAGGAAAGAAAUGGACGAAGAAAGUUAACGAGGUGAGGGAGUGGAUCAAACUUCUGAAGGCCGAUGCUAUGGUGGUGACUGCGUUGGAUGAAAUUGCUUGGUUGUUGAAUAUUAGGGGAAGAGACCUCCCUUCGAGCCCUUUUGUCAGGAGUUAUGUGCUCUUGGAAAUGGACAGACUAUGGUUUUAUGUUAAUAAAGACCAACUUAAAACGAAUCACAUCUCUAAGUACUUUGAAUCUUCGACAGAAAGUGUGAAAAUCUUCAACUACGACCAAAUCUGCCCAGAUUUGGCGACGCGUGCCCAAACCUACUCCAAAAUCUUGAUCCCUUCCGAAAAUGGGCUUUUUAGCUUAGGUGCUAGUCGCAACAUUACUAACUGCAUCCCAGAAAACAAACGCCUCUUUAAACAGUCACCCAUCAUGUUGCUAAAAGCCAAAAAGAACACAGUGGAAAUCCACGGUAUGCAACAAGCCCACAUUCGAGAUGCUGCUGCCAUGUGUGAAUUCUUCGCCUACUUCGACAAAAUGUUCAAGGAUGGUACCACUUUUACAGAGUUGGAUGUGGUGAAAAUUGUCGACCAGUUUCGGUACGAGCAAUUGCACAGUCUAGGGAAUAGUUUUCCGACCAUUGCAGCGUAUGGGUCAAAUGGAGCACUACCGCAUUAUGUACCGACGAAUAGUACCAAUGUGAAAAUUGGAGACGAUAGUACUUUGGUGUUAGAUUCGGGAGGACAAUAUUUAGAUGGUACCACCGACAUUACGAGGACUUUGCACUUUGGUACACCGACCAAAGACCAAAAGGAAGCGUAUACGAGAGUACUGAUUGGUCAAAUUCAGCUAUCUACGCUUACUUUUCCCUCGGACUUGACAACUUCAGCAAUUGACGUAAUCGCAAGAGCGCCUUUAUGGGAAGUUGGUUUGGAUUAUGAACACGGUACUAGUCAUGGGGUUGGUUCAUUCUCCAGUGUCCACGAAGCUCCCAUUUCGCUAUACUUCAAUAGCCCAGCAAGUUCUCCCGAAAAUGAAAUACUACAACCCGGAUACUUCCUCUCUAAUGAACCUGGAUUCUACAGAGAGAGUGAUUUUGGUGUCCGUUUAGAAAACGUGAUGGAAGUUAUCGAAAAAGGGUGGUUGCGUGGUAGUCACGGGACUCACUAUUUGGGCUUUAAAGUAAUCACGCUGGUACCCUACGAACCCAAACUGAUCGACCUUAACCUGCUUUCUAUCCAUCAGAUUCGAUGGCUUAACGAAUACAAUGAUAAAGUCAGAAUACACGUUGGACAAGAAUUAAAAAGACAGAAUUUCACGAAAGGGUUCUACUGGAUGAUGGACAAAACAAACCACUUUCCAGAAAAUAGUGUUAGUAGUGCGAAGAGUAGUACUUUUGUGUUUGCAAUGAGUUUUUUUGUUGUUUCGAUGUUUUCCACUUUUAUUUAAUUUAAAGACUGUUUUUUGUAUUGUUGUUAAUUUAAAUUUUCUAUCACUGCCCUGAUGAUGUUAGAGGAAACGUAAACGAUGUGUCAUUAAUUUAAGGUUGAAAGAAUGGACUCUGGUCGUUUAGAUGCACGAACUGGAGAAGCUCUUAUAAUGCCAUUUAAUUAAUUUAAUCGUUUUUAUAAAUAUUGAUCAAACAAAAUCCAUAAUGUCGGGUUUAGAAACGUGAAAUUGUAGUGAAUAUAUAUAUUUGUAUGCACUGAGUCUGAUAAAGCGUGAAUUAUAUGUUUGCACAUUUUUUAUUGCUGUUAUUUCAUUAUUUUUCUUUGUUAAUAAUAAAAUAAUUGUCAUUUA